AUGGCGGCACGCGAUAGCUCAACAAUCGUAGAUGAUGCUGAUCGAGCAAUUGAAUAUUACGAAGAAAUAGACAAUCAUAAACUUGAUUUUCGAAAACGAAAAGCUCCUCCUUCAAAAUCUAUCACAAUAAAUGUACGAGAACCAUCACCAGUAGUCGAUCCUGUCAGACAACUUAAUGAACAAUUAAAUCGACAAUUUCGACCUGAUCUUGUGCCACCCACACCUUCUCCACCAUCAACACCAGAAGAAUCACCAGUUAUUCAACCAGUUGUUCAACGAACACCAUCACCAAAUCCUGUUGUAUAUGAUUCACGUGUAAAGCCUGUUAAACCACCGAAAGAACCGAAAGAACUAAAAGAACCUUCAAUUAGUAUCAAGGAAAAGUUACGCAGUCGUAUUCAUGAAUUAACUGCACCUACUCCUGAACCAAUUUUUUAUACACCAGAGAUAUUUGAUCAACAGACAACAGACGAAUAUCAAGCACUAUCAGGUUUCUCAUUCGUACCUAUAUCUCAACAGCAGCAACAAAAAUUUCUAAUGACUACUCAACCUUCACAGCAACAGCCACAGAUCUCCAUAAAGACCAGACAAUCUCAACCACCACAACAAAUCUCCAUGAUGGCCAGACCUUCUCAGCCACCACAAAAAAAUUCAAUGAUGAUAAGACCUUCACAGCCAGAGCAAUCAUCUCAUCCUACUAUAUCACAUUAUCAACCUCCUACAAUAGCUAAUAACAUAUCUUUUAAGAAUAAUAAAGUCGCACCACCACUUCCUUCUAAUUACAAUAGACAAAUGAUAAAUCAAAAUUUACAAUAUGAAUCCAUUGGACGUUCAUCAUCAUUAAUGUCAACAAAUCCACUUAUUCAAACAAGCAAUGGAUACCAACAGCAAGCAUAUAAUUAUAUUGAUCAAUCAAAAAUCAACAAAAGAAAAUCAAAACAAAAAUCGAUAACAAAUUCAAUUGAUCCGCAUAAAUCAUUUGAUAGACAUAAAUCAUUUGCCCUAUACAAUCAACAAAAUGGUCGUAUUGAGGGUGUUGUUAAAAAUCGACUUAAUGUUGCUGUUGAUAAUGAAGAUGGAGAGAAAAUAAUCGAUGAUGAAUCAGCACCAAAAAGCAAAUUAGCUCUAUGGCUUUCUCAACCAUUAUGUUUAGGAUUGAAACGUUUAAGUGGUGGACUUUUAUUUGGAUCUAUGAUAAUACUUGGUACUGCAUCAUUCGCUGGUCUUAUAGCUUCAAUUGUUACAUAUAGCCAAGAUAAUGUAACUGAUGCUCAAUGGAAAAUUUUAGGUAUGGUUGUUUGCACUAUAAUAAUCAUAACAAUAAUUGUUACAUUAAUUGUAUUUAUUUGUUGUUUUAAAUAUGGUUAUAUGUUUAAUAAAGAUGAAGAUAUUGAUCCAGAUGAUCCAUCAGCAACAUAUGAUGCCGAUGGAAAUGAACGACAAAAAGCUGUUUUAAGAAAAAUCUAUAAAUUUAACCGUCCAACUGAAGGAUCAUCAAUACCAUCUGGUAUGGUUCAGGAUGUUUCAACACCAGGAUCAAUUUCUUAUCCAACUGUUCAGGUUACUGAUAAACAAACAAAUACAGAAUCAACGAUUGCUACGGUACGUCCAAAAGAUUUUGAUCGUGGUGUAUGGCCAUCAAUGAAUUCUUAUGGUGGAAUAAUGUAUCGUCCAUUAAUUCCACCAGAUAUGGUUUCUCGUUUUAUUCAAGUAUUACCACAAGAUAUUGAAGAAUCAUUACAAGUACCACAAAUUAUUUAUCAAGUUGUUGCUCCAGUAAAAAGAGAAGUUCAACCACGAAUAAUUCAAAUAGCUUCUCAACAAGCACCUGUUGUUGAAGUUAUUGAAACAAAACAACCACGAACUCGUGUUGAGUAUAUUGAUGUUGAAGAACAACAACCAGAAUAUGAAAUUAUUGAAGAAAAACGACCACGUCGAAUUAUUCAACAACAGCAACCAGAAUAUGAAAUUGUUGAAGAAAAACGACCACGUCGAGUCGUUCGACAACAACAACCACAAUAUGAAGUUGUGGAAGAAAAACGACCACGUCGACUUGUUCAACAACAAUCCCAACAUGAAUAUGUUGAAGAAAUUGCUAAUCAAUCAGAAUCAUCAUCAAUAGAAGAAUUUGUACAAGUUAUUGAUGCUCCAAAACAAACUCGACAACAACGAAGAAAAAAAGAUAAAAAACAAAACUUUGGUGUUUCUGUUAAACGUAUUCAAUCGAAUAACGAUUAA